AUGUAUGUGUUCUUUUCAGAUGAGUGGCAGAAAAGGUGGGUUGAAUCCAAAAAUAAAUCUGAUUAUGGCAAGUGGCAACUGAGUGCUGGCAAAUUCUGGGGUGACCCCGAAAUGGAUAAAGGUAUACAGACCACUCAAGAUUGGAAGUACUAUGCUUUGUCAGCCCAGUUUGAGCCCAUCAGCAAUGAGAACCAGAGUUUGGUGAUACAGUUCACUGUUAAACAUGAGCAAGAAAUUGAUUGCGGAGGAGGCUACGUGAAGAUAUAUCCUGCAGACACAGACCAAGAGCAGAUAAAUGGGGACUCUUUAUAUUGUAUUAUGUUUGGUCCUGACAUAUGUGGUACAAUCCACGAGAAGGUCCAUAUUAUUCUGAAUUAUAAGGAGAAACAUCAUUUAAUUAAGAAGAAUGUUACUGCCAAGCAUGAUGAAAGCACCCACUUGUACACACUAAUUAUCCGUCCAAAUAAUACAUAUGCAGUGAAGAUUGACAAUGAGGUGGUACAACAUGGGACUCUAGAGGAUGACUUUGGCUUCCUACUGCCCCAUAAAAUCAUAGACGUGAAUGCUAAAAAGCCUGCGGAUUGGGAUGAUCGACAGCGGAUUGAGGACCCCAAUGAGCUAAGGCCAGAUGACUGGGAUGAGAGAGAGCUAAUUGCAGAUCCAGAAGCAAAGGAACCACAUGACUGGGACUCUGCCAUGGAUGGGCAAUGGGAACCACCAAUGAUUCACAAUCCAAAUUACAAAGGAAUUUGGGUACCGAAAAUAAUAGAUAAUCCAAACUACCAAGGGGUGUGGGUUCAGCCAGACAUGGACAAUCCAGAUUAUGUUCCAGAUGACACAAUAUACAGAUAUGAUGAACUUGGAGUUAUUGGCUUAGACCUCUGGCAGGUGAAAUCAGGCACAAUUUUUGACAACUUCCUCAUCACAAAUGAUGAAAUUUUAGCAGAGAAAAUUGGAAACGAGACGUGGGGUAUAACCAGGGUAAGGAACCAUGAAGUCAUGCUCUUAUAUUUACGUGCAAAAAAAAACUGUUGUCACCUGCAACAGCCAAUCAGAUAA